AUGUCUGCCCAGCCUGAGAAGAGACAAGGGAAAAAAAGAAAACAAAAUUUUACCUCAGCCGAAUGCAGUCUCUUAGUAGACCUGGUUGAAAAGAAUUUAGGCACAUUGCGUGGCCAAUUCUCGAGCACAAUUACAAAUGCCAAGAAGCAACAAUUGUGGGAAACAAUUGCAAGCAAAAUUAAUAGCUUAGGCUAUGAAAAGAGAACGCCUGCAGAAGUCAGGGAAAAGUGGCGUAACAUGGCCCAAGUGGCUAAGAAAACCAACUCGGGUCUUCUAAAGUCUCAAAGAAAAACUGGUGGGGGGCCAGCAGAAAAGCCACCAACAAGUACAACUGCCAAAAUAAUUAGUCUUUUGGGCGAUGAGCCUUCUUUUUCUGGUAUACAAGGCGGUUUUGAGUCAGAAUCCCCAUCUUUAUAGCAAUUUCUUAUUUGUGUAUUUUCCAGUUAAUUUAUAUAACUUAGCAUUGGUAUUCUUGCAAUAAUUUUUAAGACGAUAAAUUAAAACGUUUUGUUUAUUUAUCCCUCAAAUGUUGAAUUUUAAUUUUUAAUUUUCCCGCCGGAUAUUGCAAAUUUAUACCGGAUCACACACACCGGAAAUUUACAAUAAUUAUUUCUUCCGUCUUGUGUUGAAAAUAUCGAACCAUGCAAAUUUUGAACAACGUCAAAGCAUAGUCAAGUUUAAAUACAACAAGGAAUAAUAAAAACAUGGUUAUUUUUGCGGCAAGGAUUAGAAAGGACGAGUAUACCACACAAGAUAAGUGUUUUAUUGUCUAACUUCAUGGAAAAAUAAUUUCAUAUAUUACAACAAAAUAAUGGACAUACUAAUAAAAUAUAAACACGAAAUAUGUUGUGCUGUAUCACAAGUUUUUUGUAUAUUGAAUGUACUUUUCAACAUGCUCAUACAAUUUAUUUUUUUUCUUAGCUGAUACCAGUGAUAAUAGAGAUAAUACCCAUUCAACCCUGUCCCAUUAUGACAGUGAUCAUGAGGACUAUCAUGAUUUAUAUGACGACGUUGAUGAGGGCAGUGGUAAAACAGACAAAGUUCCUGUGUCUAUGAUAGGCGAUAAUGGUAAUAAAACUGGUAAACGAUUUAUAUACUCUUUAUAGUACCAAGCCAAUAUUGAUAAAUUUUUACGAUUAUAGUUGUCAAAUUAGUUAUUGCACAUGCAGUUAUUAAGUUCUAAGAUGAUGAUUUUGAAUGUGAAUACUUAAAUCCUGUUUGAUUAGUUAAGCUUAAUCUUAAUAAAUUUUGUUAUCCUAUAUUCGUAGGUAGUAGUGGGUCAUCCAUCGAAGCACCUAUCAUAAUAGAUGAUCCACGAGGAAAGACAGGAAUAAACCACCAAGGAAGCGCCCUAAGACGCAAGGCGAGAUGCGUCUUGAUGUGCAAGAGAUGCAUCUUGCAGUUCUAA